UGAGCAGAGAUGGGGGGUAUUAUGAUUGGGACAGGCUAGGUUUGGAGCAGGUUAAGCCCGCGAUUCGACGGCGGAGGCUGAGCCUGGUCUCGGCAGGACACACUCAGGAAUUCGGGCCUCAGGGCUGAUGACCUGCGCGCCCUGCUGCCUGCCCAAGCGCUGCCGACCGGGCUAAGGGCGGGCCUUGCUGCCAGAUCGGGGCUCCGCUGCUUCCCUUGUGGGAUCCAACAGCUCGCCGGCUGCCUGCCGCUUCUCUCUCUCUCUCUCUCGCCGAAGGCCGGGCGUGACGGUGAACCGCCAGGGGCUCGGCACUCGACACACGGCACCCACUCUUCGGCGCGCCUCAGUCCGGGAGAACACACGCCCCCUAAUCGCUUCUCUAAACGAUUAAUUCCUACCUCCCCCACUUGGAGGUGAAAAGAGGUGAGGGCAUAGAUUCCGCCGUCCUAUUUCGUUCCAUGCGUUUUACCUCCCUCAGCUUUGGUCAGUCGCCAUGGUGACACUCGGCCUUUUGUUCCUCUAAUACCGGCCCAAGCCCCCCAGAGCAGCGACCGGGUUUGGUGACCAUGUCUAAAAAGCAAGUGGUUAAAACGAGGACUAAUAGGAAACUGGACUUGGAGCGGAAAAGGGACGAGAAGGCGGCGAGGCGAGCCUUGGCGAAGGAGAGGAAGAACAGGAGCCAGGGUGGGACGGAGGAUGAGGAGUUUGUCAGCUUUGCCAACCAGCUGCUAGCCAUGGGACUCAAACUCCGGGAGGUGCCCGGUGAUGGGAAUUGUUUGUUUCGUGCUCUUGGUGAUCAGCUGGAAGGUCACUCCCGGAACCACUUAAAGCACCGGAGAGAAACAGUAGACUUCAUGAUAAAGCACCGGCAAGAUUUUGAGCCAUUUGUGGAAGACGAUGUUCCUUUUGAUCGAUAUGUUACAAAUCUGGAAAAGCCAGGCACGUUUGUUGGCAAUGAUGUGAUAGUAGCCUUUGCAAGAAACAAUCAAGUGAAUAUAGUGAUCCACCAGCUUAACGCCCCACUUUGGCAGGUUUUUGGAACCAGGAAGAGUAAUGCUGCCGAGUUGCAUAUUGCCUACAGAUAUGGAGAGCACUAUGACAGUGUGCGUAAGGUCAAUGAUAAUUCAGAAGCUCCUGCAAACCUAAGAACUGAGAUGCUCAUGAAAGAUGAUUCAAAGAAGAAAGAUCGAAACAAAAUGUGUGACUACGAAGUGGAAGAUAUACGGGAUUUUGAAAACGGAGGUUCAGAAAUAGAUAUGGAUGAUGCAGUUCAAAAAGUACGCAAUGCAACAGGAUGCCUGGACACAGAUUUGAUUGUUCAAAAUCUAGAGCUUGAAAACCACGACAUCGAGUCUGCAAUAGCUGCCGUCCUGCAGAUGGAUGAACUAAAGAACAAAAAUUGUAUUGACGAGUCUAACAAAAACAGCCCACAUCACGUGUCUUCUCUCUGGAUGGAGAAUGGAAGUGGCAAUAGGAUUUUUGGAAAUCAAGGUGUAAACCCUGAAGAAAUUGAAAAUAAUAGGACACUGAACAAAAAGGAAGAGAAUAAGAGGACCAAAAAUAAGGUUACAAGUAAGCAACGAAAAGAACAAUUAAGGAGAGAAAAGAAGAAACGCCAGGAAGAGAGACAUCGACAAAAAGUUCUAGACAGCAGGAGCAAUAAUGUGGAAGAGCUCAUGACUGAUGGGAACUUGCAGCCACCAGUUACAUUAGUCAAAACUUUUGCUACGUUAAAUAUUUGACAUUAGGUCCCCCUACAACUAAAGAUUGCCUAGCGUAGUAAGUCUCAUAAAUGGGGGGGGGGGAGUAAUUUGGUGGAAGGAGGAGGGAAUUUGUAUUUCUGAUGCUGCUUUAGAUUAACAUUGUUUGACUUCAUAAGCUUUUUUUUGAAGAACUUCGUUUUUCUUUGUAAAUGUGUGUAAACUGGAAGAAAGUCUCUAAAAAGCAAACACAGUGAAUUAUUUACACUUUAUAAAUGCAAUAAAGUUUUAAGAAUAGUAACAACUAAGAAUCAAAAUAGUAAGUUGAAAUAGUUGGAUAAAUUUUAGGAAUAAAUGGAUUUGAAGGCGAGUGUGCCUUUAACUCUUAAACAUGUCGUUUAGAGAGCUGACGAUCAGAUUUUAAGUAUCAUGCCCUCUUUACGCCUCCAUUAACAUUCAGUAAUCGAGAUGGAAAUUGGGGCCUUUUUUACAAUUAUUUGCAGAUCUCCCAAAAGAGACUUUUAUAGAGUGGGUUUGCACAGGAGUAUUUCUGAAUGGAGCAUAGAAUAGCUGUCACUUGCUGACAUCAGUAAGGAAAAUUUAUAAGAAAAGUUAUAAAGAAAACCUUUUUCAGGACUGAAACCAUUUUUUAGUGUAGAGUUUAAGAAGAAGAAUGCUGCUAACCACCAAAUACAGAGGAUACUUUCCCCAAGGACUGUUCCAAGUAUGUGAAUAGGCAGGGCAACUGCCGAAACCAAAUGAGGUUCAUAGAAGAACUGAAAUUUCUGAUGAUGGUUAGUAAUUUAUUCAUUAGAGUCUUAUUGUUUUAACACUCCUAGGGGUGGUUUAAGUUAAAGAAACUUGUUCUGUUGAAUUUCUACAUACUGAGAUGUUUUUAUGGCAAUAAAAAUUUUGGAAAGUUAUUGAGAAAAGUCAAGUGUUUGAAACAGUAACUCCCAUGAACAGCCAUGUAAAAGAGCUGGCUGUUGUACAAUUUUGGAUUUUUUUACUUUCUAUUUCUGUUUGUAUAUACAAUGUUAAUAAAUCAACUCAUU